UGUUCUUCCCAGGGCUUUGCCGCCGCUGUCGCCGCUGUGGCCUCAGAGGUGGGAGGGGGCAGGAAGGAGAAGGAGGAGGAGCGGGGAGCCGCCGCGGUGCGCGCCGAGGCCCGUCUUCGCGCGGGGGCCCAAGAUGUCGGUGGCGUUCGCAGCCCCCAGGCAGCGGGGGAAGGGCGAGAUCACGCCGGCUGCCAUCCAGAAGUUGUUGGAUGAAAACAACCAUCUCAUUCAGUGUAUAAUGGACUACCAGAACAAAGGCAAAACUUCAGAGUGCUCUCAUUAUCAGCAAUUGUUGCAUACAAACUUGGUCUACCUAGCCACAAUAGCAGACUCCAAUCAAAAUAUGCAAUCUAUACUGCCACCACCACCCACACAGAAUAUGCCAAUGGGUCCAGGAGGAAUGAGUCAGAGCGGCCCUCCCCCACCUCCACGUUCUCACAAUAUGGGUUCAGAUGGUAUGGUAGGUGGGGGCCCUCCUGCACCGCACAUGCAGAACCAGAUGAACGGCCAGAUGCCUGGACCUAAUCACAUGCCUAUGCAGGGGCCUGGACCCAACCAGCUCAACAUGACAAACAGUUCCAUGAACAUGCCUUCAAAUAGUCAUGGGUCCAUGGGAGGUUAUAAUCAUUCAGUGCCAUCCUCUCAAAGCAUGCCUGGACAGAAUCAGAUGACAAUGAGCCAAGGACAGCCUAUGGCAAACUAUGGUCCUAGACCAAAUAUAACCAUGCAACCAAAUCAAGGCCCAAUGAUGCACCAGCAGCCGCCUUCUCAACAGUAUAACAUGCCCCAGGGAGGUGGGCAACAUUAUCAGGGACAGCAGCCACCAAUGGCAAUGAUGGGUCAAGUUAACCAAGGAAACCAUAUGAUAGGACAGAGGCAGAUUCCUCCAUACAGACCACCACAGCAAGGCCCACCACAGCAGUACUCAGGCCAGGAAGACUAUUAUGGGGACCAAUACAGUCAUGGUGGACAAGGUCCUCCAGAAGGCAUGAACCAGCAAUAUUACCCUGAUGGUCAUAGUGAUUACGGUUAUCAGCAACCGUCGUAUCCUGAACAAGGCUACGAUAGGCCUUAUGAGGAUUCCUCCCAACAUUACUACGAAGGAGGAAACGCGCAAUAUGCUCAGCAGCAAGAAGCCUACCAAGCACCGCCUCAGCAGCAAGGCUAUCAACAGCAGCAGUAUCCAGGUCAGCAAGGUUACCCUGGGCAGCAGCAAGGUUAUGGUCCUUCUCAAAAUGCUCCAGGACCUCAGUAUUCCGGUUAUCCCCAAGGGCAAGGGCAACAGUACGGAGGAUAUCGGCCUACGCAGCCUGGGCCCCCACAACCACCACAACAGAGGCCUUAUGGAUAUGACCAGGGGCAGUAUGGAAACUACCAACAAUGAAAGAAAAACAAAAAUCAGGAAAUAACCAGUAAAUUUUAGCAGCUGUAUUGCCUCUUCAGUAUUGUGGACAUCUCCUUUUGAAGAGAAUAUUCUAGUCUAUCUAGUUUGGGAAACAAGAGAAACAGAAGAAAAAACAACCCUGCAUUGUUGAUAAAUGGCUGCUUUUCAGUAUAUUGUCUGUCUGGACUAGUUUAUAAACAAAAGUGAUAGUCUUUCUAAAAUAAUUUUGCAUCUGUACUCUAGAUGGCAAUAUUGGACAGAGAAUACUCAAUUUUGCAAGGAGCUUAGAACUGUACAUCAAACAAACUGUUACAAGCUGAAAUGUGUGAACAGCAUUGUAUGUUUAUGAAGGUUAAGGGAAUUUGAUAUUUUUCCACAGAUUCUUUUGUAAGGGGAAGGGGAAAAUUUUUACAGCAGCAAUAUUUUAUAUAUUAUGUUUUUCAUAUGGAAUAUGCAAGGCAGUACACUACGCACUGGGCAAGGUCAGAAACCCAUAUAGAUUGGCAAAUGAUGCAUUCUUUAUUGUGUUAGUCUCAUUGUUGUAUGAGAGAGAGAUGCUCAACAUACAUUCUUGACAGACUGGUAUGCAGAAUUAAUACCCCAUCUAUUUAAUGACAGGAUGAUCAUGGACAAUAACACAGUCUAGUAUAAAGAAUUAAUUUUUAAAUAUUUUGUGCAAAGCUCUUUUGUAAAAAUGGUUUCUAGCAGUGGCAAUUUUCUGUAAUAUUAUUAUUUUGGUAACAGGAAAAUGUUCAGAUUGGAUUUGUAAGUGUCUUGUAAUGGUUUCACAUAAAUCAAGCUGUGAUCUUUUUCUGAUUGCAGUAACAAGGAAUUUUAAAAAGUGUUCAUUUAACCUGGCUUGAAUAUACAAAGUAUUUAAAAACAAAUUAUAGAUAGGUCGACAUGUAUUUUAUUUCAUAAGUGUAUUUAACUUUUAGUUGGAUCAUUUCUAUGUAACAAAAAUAGUAUAGGCGCUUUUGUAAAACUCUUGUCUAAACUUUAUCAUAUGAGAGUUAAGAAAGAAGGCAUUUGUUGUUUUAUGUCCAUUUUCGUACUGGUUAAUAUGAGACCAAGACCAAGUUCUAGUGAGGUUUUUUAAAAUGCCAAACUCCAUUGUGAACUGCAUUAAUUUUUAGUGUUGCGUGUGAGUUAGCCAUCACUUGGAUUAACAGCAGAGCCAUAGAGAACACAAAACUGUUUGAGAUCAACCUGCAAUUGUUUUCUCAGGUGCAUCAUCAUAGAAUAUGUUGCACAGAAAUACAUGCAUUUAGGCUGUCUUGGUAAAUAUUUUUAAAAAUAUAACUAAAAUUGGCCCAGGAGUUAGAUAUGUUUAUUAUGUGUUGCUAUAUUUUUACAUGAUAAGCUGUACCUGAAUGCAUAAGACAUAAAAAGAUGCAUUCCUCCAUAAUUUUAAAUUCAGAACAAAUUUCUUUUUUAUAUUGGUUGCAAAUUUAAAUCAAGUUUUGAACUGAAAAUGUGAGGAACAUAGGUAUGAACUAAAUGCUUCUAGGUUCUGUGCCAAUUUCCCACCACUGUGUACUUCAUUGCUAUUUAAAACUCUCCUCCAUCAACUCUUAACAGAAGAAUAAAUUAUUUGUGAUUUUAA